UCUUCACAGCGGUGACAUUUCUCAUGGCGGACUAGGCAUUGCUCAGUCUGGUAUGAAUGACCUUGGACUCAUGGGUAUGGAGGAUGAGGCUGAUUUGAUGCCUGUAGGUCCAGGCGUAUUUUCACCAGAAAGUAUCAAUGGUACACCACUGCGUCUUACUCGCCGUGGAAAAGAACAGAUCAAACGUGGGUUUCGUAAAUGUAGCUCAGUUGAUGUGCCCAUUGUUUCUUCUACUCGUGCCAAACAAAUGCAUCUAUCGGAUGAAAGUCCAUUUCUUGUGUACGUGAUUCAUCAUCUGGCUAUAUUGGUUGAUGAGUUGUUUACAUUGCUGAACUCUUUUUUCCCGUGGGUACCCAAAUUCGAUUCGGAGAAAACAUUGCGUGGGGCACUUUCAUCUUGGAAACGAAUGAUAGGAACUAUUGCGAUUUUCACUAGCAUAGUCCUUGUUUUUUAUAUCUCGUUUUGGAUUUUGAAAUUUUUGGUGUGGAGUGGGACAAGUUUGAGCAUAGAUACUCCUGUUCAACAACGUCACCAAACCGAAUAUCAAAACCGUCACCAAGGUCAGAGGCAAUACCACCAACGUGGAUAUUAACCCAACACGACUAGAAUUAAAUCUCGAUCUUGACCCAUUGCAAAUUUAUAAAUCAAUUAAAAUGCACGAGAUUUGAAGUUU